UUCACCCUUUGACCUUGUCUGGAAAUCGUCAAUUUCUGAAGACGCUUUCAAGCACGGCUGAUUUUUUAACUAAAAGAAAUUGGACCCGAUACUGAUUUUCUCUCUCACCAGCCCUCCCUGCUCUCUAAACAGAGCAGCUCCCCACCCACAAACUGGGAGUUUUGUACUCCCGGCUCUGAAGUUCUUUUAAAGCCUUCCCCUUCAGAAAGCAAAGGCUGCUCCUAACCCUAAUCACCAACAGUCACUCGCAAUCCCCCUUUCCUCUCUCACCCCUCGUUUUCUUUUCUUAUCACUCGUACAAACCACAGACUUCCUCAUUUUACUUUUUCAGAAAGAAAUAGAAAAGAGCAAGAGCUUUGUUAUAUUAUUUUGGAUCUUUAUGAUAUGCUUUUCAUUAAACUAACCAGUAACCUGACUGCUUGAAAUAAACUUCCAGUCUGUCUCCAGCACUUCCCAGCAGACUUUGGCUGACAUUCACACAAGCUUCUUACCAAGAGACCACAAUGAACAGCAACAUAGCAGAAAAGGAGUGCUCCCCAGAUGAGAUCAACCUUCCAGAAGAAGAGGUGAGGACGCUUUUUGUCAGUGGCUUGCCUUUAGAUAUCAAACCUCGGGAGCUCUACUUAUUAUUCCGACCAUUUAAGGGUUAUGAAGGUUCUUUAAUAAAACUCACUUCAAAGCAGCCAGUAGGUUUCGUUAGUUUUGACAGUCGAUCAGAAGCUGAAGCAGCCAAGAAUGCAUUAAAUGGAAUCAGAUUUGAUCCAGAAAUUCCUCAGACAUUACGCCUGGAGUUUGCAAAGGCAAACACAAAGAUGGCCAAGAGCAAGCUUGUUGGCACCCCAAAUCCCAGCGCACCUCAGCUGAACAGCUUACCUCAAUUUAUUUCUAGGGAUCAGUAUGAGCUCACAGUGCCUGCACUUUAUCCGGGUAGCCCAGAAGUGUGGGCGCCAUACCCCCUCUACACAGCGGAGUUAGCACCUGCUCUACCUCCUCCUGCUUUCACCUAUCCUGCUUCACUGCAUGCCCAGGUGCGUUGGCUCUCCCCCUCAGAUGCUACUUCCCAGGGCUGGAAGUCCCGCCAGUUCUGCUGAGUAAUGUGUACCAGGUGUGUGAUGGUUGCUGCAGUCUGUCUUGUGGGUAUUAAUGUUUUAUUCCUUGUUGGCCGCUGGAGUCUCAGGCUAUUCAACACCUCAGCAGUGCGCUGGCUUAUGGACCACCAUUCUCUCCAUUUUUGAUCCCUUCAAGACAUUUCCACAGCCUCAAUCACACAUCUGAUGUAUACCCAAUAUAAGAAGAAAGAAAAGAACGUGAACAUUUCCUUAUUUUGUACACUGUAAAGAACUGCAGAGUGCCUUAUGUGAAAGCUUGGCUUUCAAAGCAUUGCUAUAUAACCUAUGCUUUCAAUCCUAAGCCAACCAUUUGAGAGCAGAACUGGUAAAAGUAAGCAAUGUCCACCCCAAGCAAUCUUACACUGUGUUAGACACACUAGUUUGUGCUACAAAUUUUUAUGGCUUGUAAUUACAAAAAAAUAUAUAUUUUUGUUUGAAUUUUUAAGCCGCACGUGAUAUGCAUGUUUAAGAUAUUGUCUAAAAGCAUGCAAAAAUGCAAAUAAUUGUAUUUAAGGAAAAUAUAUUUUGCCAUGCUAUUUUUGUUAAUUGAGCUGUAAAUAUUGAAUACACAUUUGUGUGCUUUCCAGAAUUACCUAGUUUUAUGCCAAUUCAUAGCAACAGUAAUGAGAGUAAGAUGUUUCCAAAGAUCACUUGGUGAACAUAUUUUAUCUUUUUAUGUGGGAAAAUGUAUUAUUUUAAGGGAAUUUUGUGACAGAAGGCCUUUCAUAUUUUGCACAGAUAGGACAAAAAAAGAUUUUCAUGUAGUUAAUAUGACAAGUUGUUUGUAAUAACUUUAGGUAAGUAAUAUAUUAAACAAGAGCCACAAAAUCUGCCUCUGGCUUUGCUGUGAUGGCAUACACCAGGGGAAUCAGGUCAUUAGUUAGAUAACUAUUUCAUUUUGGCUGAUCACCUUUGGUGCGGUUGCUCCACCAAUUAGUUAGUCUAGCCAGUGUAGUAUAGGAAUGAGAGCAACCAUUCUUAGUACAGGUAUGGUAUCUGUUAUCCGGGAACCUGUUUAUCCAGAAAGCCAAAUGAUCCAAAUUUUUAAAAAUUAUUUCUUUUCUCUCUGUAUUAAUAGAAAUGUACCUUGUACUUGAUCCAAACUAAGAUUUAAUUAAUGAUUAUUGGAAGCAAAACCAGCCUGUUGGGUUUAUAAGGGCCAGAUUUAUUAAGGGUUGAGUUGCUUUUUCCACAAAAAUUUGAGUUUUCGAGUUGUAUUUUUUGGUCAUAACACAUUAUUGGGUAAAAAAAACUCUUUUAAAAAAACUUUGAUAUUAGAGAUUUAUUAUACCUUGAAAUAGCUUGAAUCUGAAAAUACCCCAGCUAAAACUUGUCAAGGUUAUGUAGAAGUCAGUGGUCCCUUGAACCAUUUGAAGAGGUUAACCUACUGCUUGAUGCUUAAAUUUUUCCAGAGGGUUUGCCUGAAAACUUGAAUGAUUCGAGUUUUUUUCGUCGAAAAAUUCGGGUUGCUGGACUCGAACAGGCAGAAUGGGGUUUUUCACAUUAAAGUUUUUUCUUACCUAAGAUACCAUUCGAACUUUGAGUUCAUUCUAGGUAAAAAAUAAAAAAAAACUCUAACACUCGACCAUUUAUAUUAAUAUUAAAUGAUUUUCUAGUAGACUUAAGGUAGACUUGAAGAUCCAAAUCACAUAAAGAUACCUUAUCCAGAAAACCACAGGUCAUGAGCAUUCUGGAUAACAGGUCCCAUACAUGUAUUUUUAAACUUUGCAUAUCAGCCAGUCAGUUAAAUUUGGAAGGAUGCUUUUAAAGAAGAUUAGCUAGGUCAAAUAUUCCCAUAUGCCAAUUACCUGUUUGCAUUUUUUUAAAACAAUAUCCAUCCCCCUAAAAAUAAUAGAUUUGCCUAGUUGAAUAUACUAGAUUCUAGAACAUACAUUAGUUUUGUAAAUUUUUUACAUAUUGUAUUGUUCUUUAGGUUUGAUGGAAGUUUUAGUCUAGCAGUAGCAACUGUCAAGGUUGCCUUUUAUGUAAAAUGGCACUUUUUUAUGUGCGCUUUUCUCUUGGUCUGGACCAAAUUAAAAAUUGCCUUAUAAGCAACUGACUGUUAUACAAUUCUACAUGAUUGUGGAGAUAGCAGAGAUUAUCUACAACUCCCAGCAGUUCACAAAUGCAAAUCACAACAAGGCUGACAUCUCUAUUGUGUAAGUGUGUACUUACUAAUCAAAGUACAUAUGUUGCCAAGCCUGAUUAUAUAUAAUCAGUUGCCAUGAUGAGUCAGUCAUUUCUGGGAACAAAAAUUCCUUUACAACUUUUAUUACAUUCUCACAUUUAUUACCAAAGUUUUUGCAGUUUGAAAGUUGCUGCAAUAAUUGUAACUCUUCUUUCCACUAUUGCAGACACAACACUGAUGAGGUCGAUUUAUCUAAAUUCGAUUUAGAACCUUGCAUCGAAUGUGAAAGAUAAAAUGUCAUUGUCCUUUAGUGUUCCUGGGCAUAUCCAUUUUUUAAGUGUCCUUGUAGAAAACAAAAUAUUUUUACCAAAACAGAGCAUUCUCAGGAAAUGGCCUUUUCUGGUUAGUUAAUAAUACUAGCUAGAGUCCCUAGACAGAUACAUUAUAGUAACCAAAGCAAAUAAAUGCCACACUAGUGGAAAGGUUCACCCAUAUCCGUAUACCUUUUACUAUUUGACCAGACGAAAGAAAACUUCUGCGGCAGCAUAAGGACUUUGUGUAGAUGUGCAGGGGUUAAACUCAGGCAUUUUCUCUAUACAGAUUUGUUGGUCAAUAGAACUAAAUGUUAUCUGUGCUGGAAUGUUUGGCUUCUUUUCAGUUCUCUUAUAAAUAUGUUUUAUUUUGUA